AUGUCUCCGCGUGGCGACGGGCAAGAACAUGGUGAGCUUGAAGGGCGUGGUGGUGGAAAGCGCAACAAUGCGAAGGCGGCGGCGGCGGCCAAGGGCAAUCCCUCGGGGAGGCUCUUGGAGGACGUGGCUGGUGGCGACGAGCAAGAACAUGGCGAGCUUGAAGGGCGUAGUGGUGGAAAGCGAAACAACGUGAAGGCAGCGGCGGCGGCAAAGGGCAGUCCCUCGGGGAGGCUCUCGCAGGAGGUGGCUGGUGGCGACGAGCAGGAACAUGGCGAGCUUGAAGGGCGUGGUGGUGGAAAGCGCAACAACGAGAAGGCGGCGGCGGCGGCCAAGGGCAGUCCCUCGGGGAGGCUCUCGCUGGAUGUGGCUGGUGGCGACGAGCAGGCGCUGCCCAGGCCCGUUAUAGAAGCCACUGACCCGUAUGCUGCGUUACGCGAGCAGAUGGAUUCGUCUGGGAAGGGAGAUCCGGUCGCUUGGGGGUCAGCGCGGUUUGGUAGGGAAGCGACGGACCCACGUGCAAAGCUUUCGGGGGGUCACGCGGUUCAGGUGAAAAUCGAGGGAGCAACAAAGCGGCACGAACCCUCGGCCGCCGCAGCAGCCAAUGACGGUGUGGGAGGAGGUGUGUGGGCAAAUUCCUUGGGUGAAUGUGGCGGCAGUGUGGAAGGCUCCAUGUGGGAUGUACGGGAUAGCAGGGGAGAAGGAGGAGUCUUGAAAAUGGAUCCGGCGACUAAGGAGGGGAGGGGCGAGAGCAUGGGCACACCUGGCGCAUCCAGUCGGCCCAAUGUGGCUGGCGGCAAGACGGUGGAGCAGCUCAUGCGGGAGCUUGCCCAACGGGAUCGCAAAAUUGCGGCACUCAAGGCAAGGCCAGGAGCCAAAGGACCUGUCAAACCCUGCACCCCUCCGUCAAGGCCUCCUCCUAUUGCGUCUCUGUCGAGCGGCCCAUCUGCAGUGGGCCUCGAUCCAGGCGUGGCGCCAGAAAGCCCAUCGACGGUAGACGUACCGGUGCGUCGAACGCGUGGGAUGCCCAAGCCCAAGCUGCUGAAGGUGGAGCCCGUGUUCAUGGCGCUGCUUGUCUG